AUGAGAGAAAUUGUGCACAUACAAGCUGGCCAAUGUGGCAACCAAAUUGGUGCUAAGUUCUGGGAGGUGAUUUCCGAUGAACAUGGUAUUGAUCCUACGGGCACUUACCAUGGCGACUCGGAUCUGCAGCUCGAACGUAUUAAUGUGUACUACAAUGAGGCUACGGGUGGAAAGUAUGUACCGCGAGCCAUCCUCGUAGAUUUGGAACCUGGCACUAUGGACUCUGUUCGCUCAGGGCCCUUCGGACAAAUCUUCCGCCCAGAUAAUUUCGUCUUCGGGCAAUCUGGUGCAGGAAAUAACUGGGCUAAAGGACACUACACAGAGGGAGCCGAAUUAGUUGACUCCGUCCUCGAUGUUGUCAGAAAAGAAGCAGAAGGGUGCGAUUGUCUACAAGGCUUUCAACUUACCCAUUCUCUUGGAGGAGGUACCGGAGCCGGUUUAGGCACAUUAUUAAUUUCGAAGAUUCGAGAAGAGUAUCCUGAUCGUAUUAUGAACACGUUCAGUGUAGUACCGUCACCGAAAGUAUCGGAUACAGUAGUGGAACCAUAUAAUGCUACAUUGUCUGUGCACCAGCUAGUAGAAAAUACUGACGAAUCUUAUUGUAUUGACAACGAAGCUCUUUAUGAUAUUUGUUUCCGUACACUCAAAUUGACCACGCCAACUUAUGGGGACUUGAAUCAUCUAGUGUCCGCAACGAUGUCGGGCGUCACGACUUGUCUUAGAUUCCCCGGCCAAUUGAAUGCAGAUUUGAGGAAGUUGGCUGUGAAUAUGGUGCCGUUCCCUCGUUUGCAUUUCUUUAUUCCUGGAUUUGCUCCACUUACAUCUAGAGGAAGCCAGCAGUAUAGAGCUCUAACUGUGCCAGAACUUACUCAACAAAUGUUCGAUGCAAAGAAUAUGAUGGCUGCAUGUGAUCCUCGCCACGGCAGGUAUUUGACUGUUGCAGCUGUCUUCAGAGGUCGCAUGUCCAUGAAAGAAGUGGAUGAGCAAAUGAUGAAUAUACAAAAUAAAAAUUCAUCAUACUUUGUAGAAUGGAUUCCGAACAAUGUGAAAACAGCCGUGUGCGAUAUUCCACCACGAGGUCUGAAGAUGUCUGCCACUUUUAUCGGUAAUUCUACUGCAAUUCAAGAGUUGUUUAAGCGUAUUUCAGAGCAGUUUACUGCAAUGUUUAGACGUAAAGCUUUCUUGCACUGGUAUACUGGAGAAGGCAUGGAUGAAAUGGAGUUCACUGAGGCAGAGAGCAAUAUGAACGACCUGGUAUCAGAGUACCAACAGUACCAGGAUGCCACUGCCGAGGAAGAAGGCGAGUUUGACGAAGAAGAAGAAGGCGGUGACGAAGGAGACUAA